GCAGCCGCACGUGUGGCCUCGGGCAUGGCGGCCUCUCCGGCCCCGCCGGUGGACGGCGACUCCGGCGUCGUGGCGGAGCAGUUGCAGACCUUGAGGGUCGCCUGCGAGGGAAGCUCCGAGGAGGCGAGGGCGGCGGGCCCGCAGGAGGACGGCGAGCAGGCCCCGCUUUCCCCGGAAAGGCUCCGGGAAGAAGAAACCCCCGCAAAUUCCCCGGAGUUUCCGCGGGAGCCCAAGCCUCCCUGGGCGGCCCCGAAGGGAGGCUUCGCCGCGGGAGAUGCUCCUCACUCGAGCGCCGCCGCCGCUGAGGAGAAGCCGGCUGCUCCCGGGCCGGUCGAGCAGCCCCAGGCUGGGGAGGCCCCGUCGGAAAACCGAGAAGGGCGCCAGCCCUCCGGGGAAGCCGAAGCGGCGGACCACCCUCAGCCGCCCUCCUCCUCCUCCUCCUCCCCCGGUGCUUUUCGGGGCGGCGACAGCGAACCGAACGGAGGCCUCGGUCUCCCAGCGGCAGCGGUCGGUUGCCUAGAGGAAGAGGCGCUCUCGAAGGAGAAGCCGGCGGGACAACGGAGCGAGGAAAAGGGCGCGUUGUCGGGGGAAGGUGGGGAUGGCUCGGAAUCGGACAAUGAUACUGAUGCAGACAGUUCAUCUUCUCUUUCCUCUUCUCCCUCUCCUGCGUUGUUGUCUGAUGAUGAUUAUCAAGAUAAAAAUGAAAACAAUUCUGCUACUACUAAAAACAAAAGUGACUCAACUAAACAGGCGCCACUUCUUGUUGAAGACCUAAUGAUAAUUCUUCCUGAAUCUAUUAAACUAAUGCCUUUUGGACAAGUUUCCAGUAUCAUUGAACAUCAAGUAAUAAUUGAGUCCGAGAAGGGACUUCCUCCAGUGAAUGAAAAUACAGUACUUUUCAAGGAAAAUCGUCAUUCAUUAGGAAAAAUCUUUGAGAUAUUUGGCCCAGUGUCACAUCCCUUUUAUGUAGUACAGUUUAACAGUCUUGAGCACAUUCAGUCUAAAGAUAUUAAAAUAAAAGAUGCAGUAUAUUUUGCUCCAGCUGUGGAAAGCUUCACUCAGUACAUAUUUCCAGAAAAAUUGAAACGAGAAAAGGGAUCGGAUGCAUCUUGGAAGAAUGAUGAAGAGCCACCUCCUGAGGCUUUAGAUUUCAGUGAUGAUGAAAAAGAAAAAGCAGCGAAAUCACACAAGAAAUCUCAGAAUAUAAAAAGAAAGAAGCUCAGAUCACAGCAAAAUGAUAGCCACAAUAAUGGGCCCAAUUAUCAGUCCAGACGACAGCCUCCUUCCGAAUAUUCAGGUGGAUAUUGUAGAGGACAACCUACCACCAGAUUUUCGUGGGGCGGACCUCCUCAUGUAGCUCCUUUUCCACGUUUCUAUAGACAGCCUAAUAUAACUCCACAGUAUUAUUCCUCUGACUAUGCACCACCUACUUUUUGUCAGCAACAGAGCCUGGAGAGUAUGAGAAGGCAUCAGUAUUCCUUCCCAUCCCCAUCUUUUGAAACUGUUAGUCAUAAUACAAAUUUUCCACCUCCCCCGCCCCCGCCCCCACCAGUAGAUUGGAGGUGGCCUCCUACAUGCCCUCAGAACACCUAUGAGCCUUUAUUGUCUAUGUUAUCUUUACCUCCUCCACCUCCACCUCCACCGCCCCCACCCUCGAUAGCGCCUAACACUGGCAGUUCUUCUUAGGACAGAAUAUAUUUUCCGACAACCUUACCUCUGGUAGAUAUGUUAAUAUUUUCUUAUUUGCAUCGAGGGAGCUACACUAUUUUUAGUUAUGUACAGAAAUUAAAACGAGCGUUUUGUAUUGAAAUAAAAAUAUGGAAAAAUGUUUAGUGUCUGUUUAAGUUUCUAUACAAAUCUAAUGGAAACAAUAUUGAAUAUUUCUUUUUGCUCUCCACAUUGUUCAAAAGCUAUUUUUUAUAGAUUUAUCCUUAUUGUGUAUACAUUUAUUUCCUCUAAAACAAAAUUUCUUAUUUCUCAAUACAAUACAUUGAAAUUCUGUAUUCUCUGUUGCCUCUUUAUAAUUGCUGUCUA